AGCCAGGGCAAGGCAAGGGAAGAGAUGGCAAGGCAAAGAAAGACAAAGCAAGUCAUGGGAAGGCAAUGUGAGGGAAGGCAAGACAAGAGAGCACACAGAGGAGCAGAGGGGAGGGCAGUGGCCUGGACAUCAUCACAGUAACUGGCAGGGCUCUGGGGAUCCUUGAACCACAGGCCUGGCCCUGGGCAUGUCCAUGGCAACCAGGGCUUGGUGGUCAUGGCCAGGGGUGUGGGAGGGGCUCUGCCCAAGAGGCCAUUGUGAUGCGGUGUCCAGCGGGCACCUCAGCGUCCCUGUCUCCUGGGGCAACCACUCCCAGAGGGACAGCUCUCAGGAGCAGCAUCCUCUGGCUGUCGUCGGCAGCUCUGCACCAGCGGAGCCCGCGGGUUCGAGGUGCUGAGCGAGCAGAGAGUGCGAGGCGAGUGCGAGGCGAGUGCGAGGCUUGGCUACCCAGCAUGGGGCUGUCACUAUCCUCCCGGCAGGCGGCCACGGGCUCCCUGCCCGCACUGCCCAGCAGCCACGCCACUGCCCAGGGGGACUGCUGGCUGCCACUCCCUGCCAGCCACAUGCUGCAGUGUGAGCUGGGCAUCACCUGCCUCACUGCAGCGCCAGUCCCGGCUGGCCACAUGGACACGGAGAGGGACAGCGCCGGCUGGGAAGGUCCGGAGGACCUGAUCCGUGUCCUGAAGGAGGAGGUGGAAGAGGAGAGGAGUUACAGGGGGCAGGCUGAGCUCAGGGCUCAGCAGCAGGCGCAGCAGGACCUGCAGCGCUGCACGGAGCAGUUCUUGCAUGCAGCUGAGUUCCCUGCGGCGGACCCCGGGAGCCAGGCUGAGCUCCUGCUGCAGCCCCAGCAGCACCAUCGAGAGGCGGCCCAGACUUUGCGUCCAGCAGCGGCAGCCGCAAGCACUGUGGCGGCCCCUCGGGACACCAGGGAAGGUCCACUGGCUGGAGAGAGCAGCACAGCCCUUCUGGCUCCUCCGGAAGAGCAGGAAAAGGGUCCCUCGGCUGCUCGUGUGCUCGCUGAGGAGGGCACAGCAGAGGACAGCCACAGAGCAGCUCUGCACAGCCUCCGAGUCCACCAGGGCCUGCUGCUGGACCCCAGGCACAAUGUCGUGGGCUCUGCCGAGGUCAGCGUGCAGCAGCAGCAGCUGCUCGCAGCCAAGGCCGUGGUGCAGCAGGUGUUGUGCCAGGCUGUGCAGCUUGUCCAGGAGGAACAGCAUCGCCUGGCAGCGACGCCUCCAGCAGCCCGCCGGGCCCCGGUGAGGAGCCCGGGUGUGGGCAGCCUCACAGCCCGGGAUGGGCUUUUAUUGGACCAGGACGGGAAGAUCGUGGGCUUGGCUGUGCUGCUGGAGCAGGAGCAGCCUCAGGCAAAGCCCAGCACAGCCUCCCUUGCUCCUCCUCCCAAGCCAGCGGCCAAGGCUGGCAGAGCGCAGCUCGGCCCGGCUGGGCAGCGCCGUCCCUCCCGCUUCAGGAGGGCACUGAGAGCCCUGCGCAGGGCUUUCUGUGCUCCCACCUGCACCAGGGCACAGCCCCAGGAGUAGCACCCACCUCGCAGGUGCCGCUGCCCGGCCCUCAGCCUGCACCAUCCAGCGGCACGGAGGGACACGCCCCCGAGGGAUGGAUGGGACAGGGACGGAGCCUGCGGGGACUGCACCCCUCGGCCCUGGACACUUUCUCAGGCAUAUUUUUCCCCAGUGCCUACCUCUGCAUGCUCCAUCUCGGGAUGAAGACGGAUGCAGGCACAUCCCGUGCCAGUGGGCAGAGCUGGGGAGCCUCUCUGCUCCCUUGGGCUGUGCCCGCAUCUCCUGUACUCCAGCGCUUACACGGCAGAGAUCUCCACCGGCAUCACUGCCCUGUGCCCACGCACUGAGCCAGUCUCCCGCCCCGGGCUGUCCCAGCAGCAGCCUGGCUAGAUCCCCUGGAGCUCCCUUCCCAGCCUCCCCUCUCUGCUUCAAGUUCUCGUUAAUAUUUCACAUUUAAAUAAAUUGAGUUUCUGUUACCCAGGGCUUCUUCACCUUGCUCUGACCCUCCCUGCUGACAGGUUACCCAACAUGUGCCCUGUGCUUCAGCAUCUCACUCACAAGGUACCCAAUGGGUGCUACCAAACACACAUGGCUGGGCACAGCUGCAGUUCUCCUCUC